UCUGAGAUAUCCAUUCAUUCCAAAGAAUCACAUAAGACUUCUACAUGUCAAAUGCACACAUCUCUCAGUGUAAAUGAAAAUACCAGUAAUGUAACUAGAAUCUUCAGAGAACAAGAUGAUGGUAUGAAUUUCACCCAGUGUCAUACAGCUAAUAUUCAGACUUUGGUUCCCACAUCCAGUGAGGCCAGCUUACAGGAAUUUAAAAGUGAUGGUAUUACAAUUUAUGGCAAUGACUUUAUGGACUUAACAAUGAACCACACUACACAGAUUUUGCCCUCAGCAGAUAAUUUAUCUGAAAUAGAAAAUCAAACUCAGAUUGUUGAUACUACAACAGGUUAUGGAACUAAAGCUCAAGAAAAGAAGACAAUCUUUAAGAAUAAACAGAAUGUUGCUUUUCAGGAUCCUUCCUUAAACCCUAAGACUGAAAUACAUAAUACAGGGACAGAAACUCAUACAGUCACACAGAUUUCUAACCAAGAUGUCAGAACAUUGGCCAUGAUCCCAGAAUCUGUAUGUUUUAGUACAACUAUUCAUGAUAAGACAUGUUUAUCUUCCAGUUUUAAUGAUGCCAUGGAAUUGACCAAGUGUCUCUCAGGUAUGAGAGAAGAGAAAAAUUUGCUAAAGCCCAACGGUAAUUAUUCUAAAAUAUAUCCCAGUCUAGAUACCAUCUGUCUUCCCAUAGAGAAAAUGAUUUAUUCAGGAGAGGAUAGCAUGGAUAUUACCAAGAGUCAUACAGUUGCAAUAGAUAAUCAAAUUUUUGAACAAGAUCAGACAAAUGUACAGAUAGCUGCACCAAUAUCUGAAAAAGAAAUGAUGCUCCAAAAUGACAUAAUCAUGUCAGAGGAUGGGGAAAUGAAUGUAAAUUGUAGCUCAGUUCCUCAUGUAUCUAAGGAAAGAUUACAGCAGAAUCUGGCAAAUCCUUUAUCUGUUUCAUUGACUGACAAGACUGAAAUCUUCAGAGGUGAAGAUAUGGAUUUGACCAGAAGUCACACAACUAACUUAAAAAAUCAAGCUCCUUUUGCAUCUUACACUGUAGCACCUGUGAAUACGAGUAAAUCUCACUCUCACAGCAAAAGCCCUUCAGAUGAAUGGGGAGAAAUGAGUAAAAGUCAUGUUGAGCCAUCCCAACAACCAGACAUAAUGUUUACAAACAUCCCAACUAAUACCUGGGGCAAAGAAAAAGAUCAGGUUUUGAAAAUUUCACCCUACCUUCAUAAAGAUUCUCCUCAGACAGCUGAAACCAACUAUAAUAUAAUAUACUCUGAUGGAGAUCUUGAUAAACAAGUAGCACUGAGAAAUAAUAGAAAUACCAUUUUGUGUGAGCAACCUUUAUUUUCUACCACAAAGCCAUUUUCUUCAGAAAGACAAUCUGCUAUGAAAAAUCCUAAUACUGCUGUUAACAGUCAUACAGCGAAAUCUGUACCAAGCCAGAAUUCUAAACUGACUGAAUCACUGAGGAGAAGUUUAGGCAAUCCCACACUUGAUUGUUCUCAUGACAAGGUAAUUAUUUGCUCAGAGGAGGAGCAAAAUAUGGAUCUAACGAAGAGUCACACUAUUGUCAUUGGAUUUGGUCCUGAAGUACAAGAACUGGGUAAGAAUGAUUUAGAAGAUACUAGCAGCCAGCUAACAACAGUAAACAGACAGAUAGCUGUAGAAGCUGAAAAAUGUAAUGAAAGUCCUAUUAAAAAAACUGACGUAUUUAUUUCUACUGGUAUCAUGGAUGUGUUGGAGGAUGAAAGUGUACAGAAACCUGCAUUUCUUAAUGAAAAGCAAGAUAUCAAAACUUGUAGAAGCAAAAGUGUUGGCAGACUAAAAAUUGACAAGACUAUUGUGUUUUCAGAGGGUGAUGAGAAUGAUAUGGAUAUCACCAAGAGUUAUACAGUGGAAAUAAAUCAUAGACCUUUAGCAGAGGAACAUGAUUCCUAUUUGGUGCCUUUGACAGGAACUUCUAAAACU